AUGAUGGGUAUUAUUUUGUUCGUCUGUGUUUUGUUUCUUGUAUGCCUCACGUUGAAGGUCUAUGGGAGAAAUAGAGGGACCUAUACGUUGCCUCCAAAAGUACCUGGGGAGUUGCCUAUCGUCGGUCAUCUGCAUCAAGCGGUUUUAUCCAGAUCUAAUCUUUUGAAAUUCUUGACAAGUUUAAGUGGAAGCUGCGAGAAACUAGGAGGCGUUGCAGUUUUCAAUUUUGGAAGUGAGCUGUAUUAUUUGAUAACCAACCCUCAAGAGGCAAUAAUAGCGGGAAAUUCGUGUAUCAAUAGACAUUAUGCGUAUGACUUUUGUAAAGCUUGGCUAGGUCAUGGACUUGCUACAUCUACAGAAGAAAUAUGGAGAUAUCGCCGCAAGCUGCUGAACCCAGCGUUCAGUCUGCCGGUGAUCCACGGCUUCUUAGACGUGUUUAACAGUCAGGCCAAGAAAUUGAUCAAUGAACUAGAACCUCAUAUUGGGAAAGGACCAUUUGAUCACUGUUUAUAUUUGAAAAAUAAUGCUGUUGAAACUCUUUGUGUUGGUACGUUUGGAAUAAAAGCUAUAGAAGAUGUAAACUUCAUAAAAAAAUACACCGAGGCAGUCAGCGAAAUGGUUUCUAUUCUCGUCAGUAAAUUCUUUAAGUUCUGGCUGCAGAGCAGCUUGAUAUGCAAGUUAACUGGCAUACAGGACAAGGAAGAUAGCCUGGUGGAGACGUUGCAUAAUAUGUCUGAUAAAGUAAUUCAAGAGAAAAAGCAAAUCCUGGAAAAGGAAGCUUUAAAUAAGACCGAUAACCCAAAAGCAGCAACUGGAAUAGAAUACAGACCUUUUCUAGAUCUUCUAUUAGAGCUAUCAGCAAAUGGUGCUUUGACAGAUAAACAGAUAAGAGAAGAAUUGAACACAAUCAUAAGUACUGGCUUUGAAACUACAGCUAGUCAGCUGAUGUUUAGUCUGAUGCUGCUUGGAUCUUACCCUGAAGUACAGGAGAAAAUGUAUCAAGAAUUAUUGACCGUGCUAGGUCCAGAUCGAGAUGUAGAAAGAGAUGAUUUGAACAAACUGGUUUACACAAACGCGGUUAUAAUGGAGACUCUUCGAGUGUUACCAACUAUACCGUGCAUUUUGAGAUGCGUGGAUAAAGAUGUUAAGCUAACAAACUACACAAUGCGAUCUGGCAGUUACUGUCUAAUCUUCCCAAUGAUGACUAACAUCGUUUCUACUUGGAAUACAAAAAACAGUGCAUUCAGUCCAGAAGGAUGGUUGAAUGGUGAUUUUAAAAACAAUCAGGAAUUUGCAUCUUUUGGAGUAGGGAUGCGUGGUUGUAUAGGUAGAACUUACGCUAUGGUAGUUUUGAAGGUGAUGCUAGCGCAUUUCAUACGACGGUACCGAGUGAAGGCUGAUAUGAGCCAGUUGAAACUAAAUUUUGACUUCGUUUUGAAACCGGAAUCAGGUCACGAGAUCAGUAUUGAACGAAGAAUGUGA